AGUAACUGAGUGACUCAAUUUUACAAAAUUACUCAAUGUGGCUCAAAGUUACUCAAUCUUCCUCAUGAUUUGUUUUUCACCGAGUUGCGGAAUUUGUGAAUAAACGUUGACCACGUUGACAGAAGAGCUUGUUUACAAAUACAUUUGAAAUAUUUUCACGCCACGAUGCUGCUUCAGUCAGUCAACUAAUCCGGGAACAAACUAUUCCGCCCGACGACGACGUCGAUUCCGCCUGUUAUAGAUUGUGCCGUGUUGAUCGUCGCCGCCGGUACCGGUGAAUUCGAUACUGGUAUAAUCUAAAUCCGGAUGGCACGGAGAUAACAUGCUGGAACCGUCCACCAAGAUGUACUUGUUUCAAGCAGAGGCCAUCAAGCGCAAGAGAGCCAGGCUGACGACAAGUGCCCAACGGACCCCACGGACAAGCCCCUGCAUCUGCCCCCCGGGAACGGAAACCGGUGUGAACAAGCCCGGUACCACCAUCGUCUUCGCCCCGGUCAACCUGGCCGCUGAAGUCAAGUCCGUCCGCACAAAGAAGCCCUGCUGGACAACGCCAAAAAUGUGUCCGUCAAGGAACUGCGUCGUGGAUACGUCGCCGGUGACUGAAGAACUCACCGCCCAGGUCAUCGGACUGAACCACCCCGGUCAGAUCUCCAACGGAUACACCCCAGUGCUGGAUUGCCACACCGCUCACAUUGCCUGCGAGUUCAGCGAGAUCAAGGAGAAGGUCUUUCGUCUUCCCGGCAAGUCGAGAUGGGCAGUGGCCCGAAUCGCUGGCGGAUCGGAUCAUGAUCUUGCAGCAGGAGGUUUGAGCGUUUCCAAAAGCCAGCGAAGUGCCAGCACACGGAAAUCGUAGUCGUCACGAAAAUCUCUAAGAGUUGCUGUAUCAUCCGGUUGCAUCCCUUCUAGAUCUAGGAGAAGAAAAUUGUCGUGGGACUGGAGGGGGGCAUCUGAAGCAGUCGCUCCGAUCUUUUCUUAUUUUUACCAGAGACUAAGCGAAUGAUGCGUUUUUUAUUGUGUGUUUGUAUAUACUUAUUUAUUUUGCUCCAAAAUCAUACCUAGACCCCUGGCAGAGUGAUGACAUGAAUCUUAGCGGUACCCUUCUGCACCUUGGCCUCGAUGGCCUUCUUCUCACCCACGGUGGCGGCUACCUUCUUUGUGGCGUGCUUCUUUGCGGCAGCCUAUGUUGCUCCGGCAGCUCCCUUAUUCUUGUGGACAGCAGCUCCAGUGUCACUGGCGGCUUCUUUUUCAGCACCUUGUUGAUAAUCUCCAGGUUGCGUUUCUUCUCGCCCGGCAGCGCGCUUUUGCUUCCUUCACGCCGAUUACGCGGUCCUUCGUUGGUCAGCUUCUCCUGGAACUCUCCGGUCGACGCCUUGGCGACGUUGGCAGCAGUCACCAGCUCUCAUCCGGGCGAUUUCGUUCAUGGCAUACCUGUCAAUGCGCAAAUAUCGCUUCGUCCUUGUUGGGUUCCGCAUUCUGGGGCACCUCUACCACCCAAUCCUUCUCGUCGCGGGCUCUUUUUCCGCGUUAACGAUGUCCAUUUUGUCACAACGCAUUUUACAAUUUUGAACGAAAUUACUUGGAACCAUCGGCACCGGCGGCACUCUCUUUGGAAACGGCUUC